GCUGUUGAUAGUUUCAUUGAAUCACAAGCUUGAACGUCACCAUAGUGACGUCACACUGAUGACGUUAAAGCUCAUGAUUGGAUUGUUCGCAGCUAACUUACGUCAAGUGCCAGGUGAUACAACUUUAGUGUAAAAAAACGCCCAGAACAGCCAACACUGCAAGUCAAAGAGUACAUGAGAGUAUAUCCAUGGAUGAAAGGUGUUAAUAUAUGGUAUAUCUCUGAAAUACAGCAUGGAGGAAUAUAUAAUAUACUGUAUUCCUCCAUGAAUAGUUUAGUCAUCUUGUAUUCUCUCUCAUAGUCAUCAGUCAUAUCGCAAGUCAUGUCGUGUCUCAUCUCACAUAUUCUCUUACAGUCAUCUUGUAUUUUCUUUCUUUUUUUGUCAAGUAUCAUGGGUUUUACAUCUUCAGCUAUACUCCGAUUUUUAAAAAUAGCAAAUUUAUUGUUUAUCGGACUGCCGACUCUACACCGUGUACAGUCGCCAUGAAUUAACCAAUCCAGAGUUUUAAUAUUAAAAAUAAUUUAUAACAAAGCUGUCGAUUUGUUAAUGGCGACCCAGGUGAUAGUGUCAAUUCGCGUUUUAAAAAGAAGUAUUGUAAAUAAAACGAAAUAGGCCAUGUUCCGUGGUAUCGUCAUUAUAACUAAGAAUACAUCUGCAUCAGAAUAUCUAAAUAAUUGCGCUUUUGUUUCUGACCCAACUCUGCCCGCCCUAUGUAUUUAUUUACACGCGCCCGGAAUACGUAUCCCCACUCUACAAACAUUAAUUGAAUUCAGAACAUAUGAGAGUACCGCCGGACGGUACUGAGGUUUGCUGACGAAAUCUAUAAACAAAAUAUUUGCUCCCAUGAACUAUUUUACAAGUACAAAUAAACUACAGAUGCGAUAUAAUAAAACUUUUGACAAAAUAAUCACACACACACUCUCCUCUCUAAUCUGGUAAAAUGAGGUCACAAGAAAACUUGCACAGUAUUGACCGCACUGGAUAUAAAAAAAAAAUAAUAAUAAUAAUACUCUCUGGCACGAACAGCCUGCUGCUAGUUUUCUCUGAGUUGCUGUAUCUGUGAGCUCUCUGUGGUGUGCUAAAAUCUCUCUGGUACUGUAUGCCGAUCGCAGUGUGUGGUGGUACCGGAAGUGGUGGUGAUAAAAGACAGUCCCUUCGAAUUUGACGUUUCUUAUCGUGGUGCAAGUGCGUGUCCUGGCACUACUUAGUUCGCUCCGUUUGGAAUCUUCACUUGCUUCGAUAAUGGAUGGAUUUGGAGACAACUUCGAUCAGCCCGAAGUAGACCCAGCCGCAGAAUUUCUUGCACGAGAACAGGAUCAACUAGCAGGACUAGAAGAUGAAUUGAAUCCUAUUGCCCCGGCAGCGGUUACCGCCGGUUCUGAAGAUGGUUCAUUCGUGCCACAAGCAACAGCUCCUCCUCAAGUAGAUGGCAGUUUUGAAAUGAUUGAUAACUUUGGACAACAGGAGGGUUUUGAAACUGUAGGAAUGGGCUCUGACGGAGGCACCCCUGAAGAUAGGGGAUCUGGUGAAGCUGAUAAUGAAUACAGUUCACCCAGUCCUGCUCCAGUGAAGCCAGUCAUCAGAGAAGAACCAGAGAAAAUAAAAAAAUGGCGGGAGGAGCAGAAAAAGCGCCUGGAAGAAAAAGAUGCAAAUGAAGAAAAAAGGAAGGAAGAAUUAAGGGAAGGAGCCAAGCGUGAAUUAGAAGAGUGGUACAAACACCAUGAGGAGCAAAUUGCCAAAACUAAAGCUGCAAACAGGGAAGCAGCUAAAAAUGCUGAGAAACAAUUUGUUGCCGAGACAGAUGAAAUCGAACCUGGUACAGAGUGGGAACGAAUUGCUAAGCUGUGCGAUUUCAAUCCGAAAUCCAGUAAAACUAGCAAGGAUGUCUCUCGAAUGCGCUCUAUAAUUCUACAACUGAAACAGACUCCUCCUGCUGCUAAGAGAGCCUAAAAGGAACUUAAUUUGAAAAUAAAAUUCAGAGUAAUUUGCAUUCCUGACGUAGUAUAGAAUGUUAAUAUUUGCAUGAGUUGUUACUGAUCAGAAUUAAUUAUUUAAGAAAGUUACAAAAUGUUUUAUUUACAGUAUCAAUAAUAAAUACACAUCUUGCUGGAAAUGAGUUGUUUCAAUAUACUGUCCAUGUUAAUUGCUUCACUUUAGACUUAGAAAGCAAUUCUUCCAGUGCAAACCUUGAAGCAUCUGGAAAAGAAAGUUAAAAUAUUUAUAUUAACUCUAGCAAUACAGGAAUGUUUGGGAGGAUUUCGAUAAAUUAACAUAGCUGGUCAUUUAAACAAACCUUCAAACCUGCCUCUAAAUGGAAAAAUUGACCUGCAUAUUUAUUUAAGAUUAUUAACAAAACCUGUUACAUUUGUCAAAAGCCUAAUGUAUUAAACUUGUGGCACUAAGGCUUAAAAUACUGCAUGACUGAAGACUCAAAUUACAACAAACUCUAAAUUGCAUCAUGGGGUUAGAUUUAUCAAACUUUUUGAUACGUAUCAGGGUUUCAAUUAUUUAAAUCAAAUAAUUUAUUGUAAAUUUUACAAAGAAGUAUUAAAAAAUUUGGGGGGAUGAAAAGAAUUACAAAUUAACAUUUAUAGUAUUUAUUUAUUAAGCAAUUAAUUAUAAUAGCGAAUUUAAUUAAGAAGGAACACCGAUUUGGCUGCUUUUUCUAAGGCGACGACCAAUCAAAGAUUAGAAAAGUCCAAAUUUAGAAAAUAUUCAAUUUAGCUGAAAAUGCUGUUGCUAAUAAAUUGUUUUAAAAUCAUUUCUUUUUCUGUGAAAUUUGUUUUCAUGGCAUUUUUCCACAACCAUGAGUUAUUUCAUAAAUUUUGGAUCUGUGUUUCGAUAGAAAGGCCUUUUUUCAAAUAAAAUUUUAUCUAAUUUGAAUAUUUAAAUCAUAAGUGGGUUUCAGAUGUUAACCUUCCACUAGUAACUCUAGGGUUAUUAUGCGGAGAGGAACAGGUCUGCAAAAGCAAUUUUAGGUUUCUAAAUGUUUUGAUCUAAAUGUCACUUCUGCACUGGACCCACUCUCAAUUGGGGGCAGUGCUAUUAUAAAAUUCUCAUUCAGUAAAACUAUUCAGUAUACGUUUUAAUAAACUUAUAGCAGCCUGUGCUUGUUAAUGUGAAAAUUUGCUUCCAAUUCAAUUCAUUCCUUCUAUUAUACACUACCAAAUAAUUUCAAAAUAUUUAUACUUAUAAUGAAAAAAAAGGGGGGGGGGUACAUGAACUUAAGUUGAUUACAUGCUGACCACUUCACUGGCUGAGACACUAAAAGUUGUUACUGCCUACCAGAGGACAUUAUUCUCCUCCAAGCCCUAUUCAGGUGUCAAGGAGGAGGGGGGAUGUCUUUACUAUUUCCAAUUAAAGCAGAGAGGAAUUUGCAUCUUGAUAUUCCCCCUUUUUUGUGCUCAUUUUGUCCUUUCCAGACUGACCUGAUAUUAGGUUUAAAAAUCUCUGGAUCAAUAUCAGUCUCAUAAGAUUUGCAUUCUUUCCAUAAUUUCUUUUACUUCAAUGUUUCUUAGGUUGUUAUAUGCUGCAUUUAUUACUUUUCCAAAGAGCUAAAGCUUAUUUCCAAUUUGCUGAGGCAUUACUGCAGCUCACAUUAAACACAUUAUGAUAAUUUUAUUUAAAGCUUCAAGGACAAAAUUUUGCAAAAAGCAUGUAUCGUACCCAUAUUAUUUCCGAAGACAGUUAAAUAAUUCAAUAUUGGCAACAAAUAUUCUUCAUGAAAAGAGUACUCUCAGAUUAUGGCCAAAAUGUAUCUAGUGUGUACAUAGCAGAAUUGGUCCAAUGUGGCUUCAAAUGAGCUGUGACAGGACAGCCAUGGAAUAUCAAUACUUUCAUGUUCGAACAAUACAAAACUAUAGUUUCAAUUGCAAAAUCUGUAAUCCUUUGACAGGAAUCGAGCCUCAAUUCAGUCAGUGUUUCUGCACAAUUUCCUUCUACUAAAGCCAAUAUCCCAUGAUCACUCACCUGUGAUGAUGAAACAUUAAGGGAGAUUAAAUUUUCUAAAUCUUUCAGUUUUCUCAAGGAAUGAUCAGAGAUCAUUACACAUCCUCCAACAUCUAGUUCUCGAAGCAGAGGGCAGCAUUCUACGAGAGUGCUUAUAACAUCAUCCGAAACACCAUCACACCGCCUCAUAUAAAGAAUACUUAAAUGAGGUACACUUGGAAAUAAGUUCUUUAGAGCUGUAAUUAAGAAAGGUAAUCAACAAAAACUGUAAAAUUAUUUUUAACUUCAUUAAAUGACAGAAUGACUUUGGACAAACCAUCAGCACUGAUGUUUCUACGUUGAUUGCGACCAGGAUUGAUGUCUAAUUUACGCAAACUGUGAGCUGCUGAUACUAUUUGCAAUGUUUCGUCACAAACAGGACAUUCACUUAAAUCUAAUUCCAAAAUGUCUGCAUGCACUAAACUUUUAAGAGCACUAUUGCUUAAACAUCCUCUUUUUAUGGUAACUGACAAAAUCCUGGACUUCAGAUGUUUUGGUAAAUUUUGUAGACUGUCCAAAUGCAAACAUAAACAUGAUGCAACUGCAUGAACUGAUCUAAAAUUUUAAAGUUAUUACAAAAAUGUAAACAAUUGUAUAUCAAAUCCUGGGAUAACUGUUUUAGUACUCACAAAGUCAGUAGGCUCUCUGCUGUAAACCAACUUUUUGUUUUCCAUUGUUGAGAGGCAAAAGACAUAUUAGGGUAAAUAUUAUUAUUGGUUUAAGCAGACGUGAAAACACAAUAAUAAACAAUAGUUUGCCAGAACCUGAAAUUACGAUGACAAGCUCCAACUUUCACGCUUAAUAAUUGCCCAUAGAAUGCAGAGCAACCUACACUUUCAAAUCUUGAAACACAUGAACAAUUAUACACUAUAAUAUUUAAUUGUUAUAUCGAUUGUUUCGGAGCUACAGCCACCCGGUUCUACCUAACGUCGGUACGCAAGUACAAAAAAUUAAAAUUACAUUGAACCUGAGUCAUCUCAAUUUCAUCAGCUUAUAGAACGUUAACACAGGGCAAUCGUUCACUUACGUCUGUGCUGAAAUAAAGACUAAAAAUCAACCAACCCGUUUAAAAACUGCAACAAGGGAAACAUACUUCCUACGCAAAUGCGCGUUUAGAUUUGGAGCUUCGCCUUGUCUUAUUUAAUUAUCCAAUGGUCACUUGUUUCGUAUAUCAACGUACGCAAAUAGAAGGGUUUUAUAUGGGAGAAGGUGGCCAACCCUUUUACGUUGAGUGUUCCGGCCAUCCUGAAACAUGAUUAGCCGGUGCAAUCAAAUCGCACAUUUAAUUUUAAAUAUAUGUUUUCUGCUGCAUCUAAAUAACGAAGACGCGUUUUCAAAGCAUGUAAUUUUCAAUUAAUGUUUGAGUUCCCUAAUUUGAAUUCAAUAGAUGCCAACAUU